AUGACAGACCCGGGGUUGGACGUCGCCACAUCUCCGCAGUCGGACAAGGACACGCCGCUCUCCUCGCUGCCUGAGAAGGAAAUUGAGAAUCCAGAGCUGACGGAGAGCCUCGCAAAGGUCGAUAAGGUGUUGCAGUCAGAUAUCGGAGUGGCUACUCUACUGACUCGCCUAAAGCAAAGCAUCUCCUCUGCCAAGGACUUCGCUACCUUCCUCCGUAAACGCGCCAUCCUCGAAGAUGAACAUGCACAAGGCCUCAAGAAGCUCGCACGCGCGAUGCAUGACUCGUCCAUGCGCCAGGACAACCGCCAGGGAAGCUUUGCCCGCAGCUAUAACGAGAUGAACAUGAUCCACGACCGCGUCGCCGACCAUGGAGUCCUUUUCUCACAGUCCCUACUACAGAUGGCCGAGGAACUCAACGAUCUAGCUGCCAGCAUGGAACGGGGCCGUAAACAGUGGAAACAGAACGGACUGACGGCCGAGAAGAGGGUGCAGGACGCAGAGAUGCUGGCGGAAAAGGCAAAGGCCAAGUACGAUAGCCUCGCGGAGCAGUAUGAUCGUGCGCGGACGGGAGAGCGACAGGCCGGCAAGUUUGGCUUGAAGGGGCCGAAAUCAGCGGCACAGCAGGAGGAAGACCUGUUGCGUAAGCUUCAGCAGGCAGAUUCAGAUUAUUCGACAAAGGUGCAGGCUGCACAGACACAGAGACAGGAGCUGGUGGCCACUCUUCGACCCCAGGCUACCCGAGCUCUACAGGAUCUGAUCAUGGAGUGUGACUCCGGCUGCACACUUCAACUGCAGAAGUUUGCAUCGUUUAAUGAGAAGUUACUGCUUGGAAGUGGCUUGGCCGUUAGUCCCAUGAGGACGGGGAAUAGCACUCCUGACAGCCUCCGAGAAACUGCCAAACGAGUUGAUAACGAACGUGAUUUUAGAGACUUCAUCAUCGGUCAGUCUGGUAAAGUCCCGGAGACAAAGCCAACGCUCAAGUACGAGAGACAUGCAACUCUGAUGCCAGCUUCCAACCCCAAUGCUCAUCCAAAGAGACAGUCCCUCAGUCUAAACGCCAACCCGACCCCUCCCCCUCAACCUGCCGCUCAAGUCUUCAAUACUAUGUCACCGAUACCACGGGACUCGGCUCCGGGAGCACAGGGCUCGCCGCUGUCAAUGCAGCAAAGGCGCGACUCAUGGGCUUCCCAGCCUCCAUUCCCUACCUCAACGCCGCAAUAUAGCAACCCAGCUUCAAUGCAGCCUACAUACCCUCAGCAGCACUCAUACCAGCCUCCGCCCCAGCUUGCUCAACAUGCCCAGCCGCGGCCAUCGAUAAGCGAUGUCCCGCCCAAUGCUCAUCCGGAGUUACCCCCUCUUAAUCCCGUCUUUGGUCUGACUCUGGACGAGCUGUUCAAGAGAGAUGGCACUGCCAUUCCGAUGGUUGUGUAUCAGUGUAUUCAAGCUGUAGAGCUGUUUGGUUUGAACGUAGAGGGCAUAUACCGGCUCUCUGGGAAUGCGAAUCACAUAGCACAUAUGAAGAGCUUGUUCGAUAAUGACUCAUCACAAGUCGACUUUACGAACCCAGAAAGCUUCUACCACGACGUGAAUAGCGUUGCUGGCCUGCUGAAGCUGUUCUUCAGGGAUCUGCCUGAUCCGCUGUUCACGAAUGAACGGUACUCUGCUUUUAUCGAGGCAGCCCGCAAGGAUGACGAUAUUCAACGCCGAGAUGCGCUUCACGCAUUGAUUAACAGCCUCCCCGACCCUAAUUAUGCAACCCUUCGGGCACUGAUACUGCAUCUUAACCAUGUCCAAGAACGGAGUUCCGAGAACAGGAUGAAUGCCGGAAACAUCGCCAUCAGCUUUGGGCUCACCCUCAUGGGCUCCAAUGCCGGCCGUAGCAUCGCAGACUCGGGAUGGCAGGCUCGUGUGAUUGAAACUAUACUGCAAAACACCUUCCAGAUCUUCGACGAUGACUGA